AUGGAUUUGGACAGCAAACCGUUGGAGCUGACUGACCUACCACGCAAGCAAUUUGACGAUGACACGGUAGAAAUGGAUAUCACUCAUUGUGGUAUUUGUGCCUCUGAUUUAUUCACCUUGGACUCGGGAUGGGGAGCAACAGACUACCCUUGCAUUGUUGGUCACGAAAUCACCGGUGUAGUGACAAAGGUCGGGAAAAAUGUAAAGAACGUGAAAGUAGGAGAUCGAGCUGGCGUGGGUGCUCAAUGCGGCUCAUGCUUGAACUGUGAUUUCUGCAACGACCACGAGGAAAAUACUUGUGAGAAAGGCGUGAUUCCAACGUACAAUGGUCGUUGGCCAAACGGUGACAAAACGUUUGGUGGUUAUGCGGACAAAUGGAGCGGUCACCAUCAUUUUGUGUUCAAAGUGCCUGAUAACAUGCCGAACGAAAUUGCUGCUACCUUUUUCUGUGCUGGCAUUACGACCUAUGCACCCUUGAAGCGUCACGGUGUGACCAAGGGUUCCAGAGUUGGUGUGAUCGGUAUCGGUGGACUGGGUCACUAUGGUACGCAAUGGGCAAAAGCCAUGGGUGCAGAAGUGAUUGCCCUAUCCCACUCAAACAGGAAGCGUGACGACGCCUUAAAGCUGGGCUGUGAUGAUUUUAUCGCGGCCGAUGAAGAUGCCAAGUUUGCGCAAUACAAGGGGAAGCUCACCCACAUUCUCUGUACCAGCUUUGCCAGAAAUUUUGACUGGGCCAAGUAUCUCGGUUUGCUCCGAGCAAACGGUGUGUUUAUCAUGGUGGCCGCCCCUGACGCGCCUUUGACAGAUAUUCCAACAAUGUUGUUGGUGCUCAAGCAGAUUUCGAUCACAGGUUCAGCUAUCGGUUCACCGGACGAAAUUAGAGACAUGCUCGAUUUCGCUGCCAAGACGGGGGUCAAGCCAUGGAUACAAAAGUAUCCAAUGAGUAAAGCACCUGAGGCAGUACAGGCCAUGCGCGACGGUAAAGCACGAUAUAGAUUUAUACUUUGUAACAAAGACGAAUAA